CAUUCUGAGUUCGUUUGUGUUCGCUAGUUGUUUUGUGUAAAAUUACAAAGUGUUUUUGUCGAAAGCCGCCAGCAAAUACAUAACACUGAGCGCGGUGGUAGUAUAUGUGUCAUUCGAUUUCUCCAAGCAACGCACGAUUUGUCUGAAUUAUGGCCGCCUCAGUGCUGCUCGCGUGCGGGUUGAAUGAACAGAAGUUGCCCGGUUUCGUGCACAUCAGCGAGGAGUCCAACGUGGAUGGCAGCUUCCUGAUUAGCUGCAUAUUGGGGCAACGUUUGCGCAUCUCCAACGCGGGCACGCUGCUCGUCUGUCUGCAGCAUCAUUAUCAGCAUUAUUUCAAUGCGGGCAUGCGGCUCGGCUACAAUACGAACAUCUUUCUGGACAAGACGCUCAAUGUCAUCGAUGUGCUCAGCGACAUGGCGCGACAUGGCCUCAGCUCCAAGUGGCUGCGCUCGCCGGAUGGCCUAACGCUAACCGAGCAGUUGGUGAAGGAUAUACGCAGCCAACUGGCCAACAACUUUCCCAAUCGCAGCAGCUACACCAUAUUGAUUGACAAUCUGUCCAUAUUAUUCAAUUUGGGCGCCAGCAAGCAGCAGGUGCAACAGUUCUGCCUGGAUCUGGCCGAUCUGGCCAAGGAGCAUGAGAAUCUGACGGUCAUCACCAAGCUGAGCAACAGCGACAUUCAUCAGCUGACGGACAAUAAUGUGGCCAAAUUGGGACAUGUGCGCAUCCAGGUGCUGCGGCUCAAGAGCGGCGUCUUCCGCGAGGUCGAUGGCAGGCUGUUGAUUGAGCGUGUCCUGGACGAGGGCAGCUAUGCGUGCGAGCAGUCCCGCAAGGAGGUGCUCUACAAGGUCAACGAUCGCAAUGUCAAGAUUUUCAAUCCGGGCGAAAUCGGCGUCAAAGUUUAAGUUCAAAAUCGCAUUGCUUCACUUUUUUAUGGAAUUUAUUAAAGCCAUUUUGAUAUAACUAAA